UUGACUUUGCUUUCAAUAGUUAACCUUUCACAAAAGUUAAAACACAACUUGUCGAACGAUAACACUGCAUUAUGGGGGAUACAGAUAUGAGCAAGAUAAAUGUUGAUAUGCUUUGCGAGAUGUGGGAGCAAAUGCAGCACAGGUUUGAAAUGGAUAUUCGGGUGCUACUGGACAAGUCCAAAUGGUUGGCCGUGCAGUUGAGCAAAGUUGUUGACACACCUCCAGAGCCGAUUAAUAGGCUGCGGUCGCAACAAAAAUUAAAGCUCAAUCAUUUAAUGAUCCACCUAACGGAGGAGCUGCAGCGGCAACGCGACAAGGCAAGUGCCAAAAGGCGGCUACAGGACUGGAAUAAGAGCUUGGACAAGAUGCGCCUUAAGACCCGCGUUCUAUCGGAAAGUUUGUCAAAAAUUGGUAUUGACGUAUUAGCCAUGCAAAAUUUGUGUGAAACGCAAGACAAUUCACAGCAAAACUACGAGCAGCUCAGCCAGGCGCUGCAACAAUGUGAAGCUCUGCGUGCCCAAAAUCUCUCAGUUCUCAUCGACCAGGUGCGCACGGAAAUCAAUCAAUGGUGUGAUCUGACAUUGCAAUAUCCAACAGCAGGAAACUAUCAAAAGGAUUGCUGCAAUGAGGAACUCUUGGGGUUAUUAGAGGAGCAGCUGGCAGCUACUAAGGAGUAUUACAACAGUAACAGAUCCAUCUUCGAGCUCUACGACAAACGCGUCAAACUUUGGACGCGCAUGGUGGCGCUCGAGGAUAAGGCCAAAGAACCCAAUCGCUAUCACAAUCGUGGCGGCGCUUUGCUCCGGGAGGAGCGAGAACGUAAAACUAUCAGCAUAAAACUGCCACAGAUCGAGCAACAACUAACCGAGCUGGUGCAGGCCUUUGAGGAGCGCACAAAACAGCCAUUUCUGGUGCGAGGAGAGGAAAUACUCGGACGCAUCGCUACCGAUUGGGAUGACUAUCGAUCGGCCAAAGAGCAGGAAACUAUUGCACGCAAAAAGGCAGCAACGGAUUCCGUAAUAGAGCCCGCUAGUUCAGCGCAUUCCAGCGGUAUUUCGCUUCGCAAGACGACAUCGGUCCCAUAUUUCAAUUCCACAACGGUUAGUACAGUCUCUCCGUGGGCUGUUAAGCAGCAGCCAGACAAGCAAAGAGAACGUUCGAAGUAGUUGUCUCUCUCUCUCUCUCUCUCUGUCUCUCUCUGUCCCUCACUUCCUUCCAUCAAGUGCUGUCUUCGGUCGGCAUUUUCUUUAAAUCCAGUUAUAAAUUAGUUGUACGGGGUUUUGUUAAUACAACUUAUAAUCUGAAUAUUAUUCAGUAAGGAAAAAGCCGAUAACACAAAUAAGUAAGUAUAAUAAUAAAUGCUAAACCUUCGAUUUGAUAUGAA